UUUUUAUAAAAAGAGACAAUACGACAUUGUCUAAAUAAAGAAAUGUCAUAGGGGCUUGCGGAGCAACUGUCCCACCCCUAUUUAGUUUGUUAUAGAACCCUUGCUAAGAACCACCGUGAAUGCAACUUUAAUGAUAUUCCAUAAUUCAAAUAAAUUGACAGUUUCCAGGAAGAUUUCGAAUGGAACAGGCCUUAGCAACAAUAACACAACAGCAACAACAAAAUCCACGGGUGAAGGAGCCGACGAAUGUGGCCUUUGAAGGCCUUUGGUUUGUUUACGUUUAGACAACAAGAGGAUUAAACCCACUCUUAUGAACUGAUUGGAUCGCAAGUAAACAGGGUCAUAUGUUAGUCUAAGGAGCUUCUUCUCGGCUUGAUGGGGAACUGCAUUUCAUGCAGGGUCUCCGAUGGGAGUAAAAAGCAAAGUGUGCCAGAGAUUUUGCCUGCUAGGCCCGAUUCGAAGGAAAAUAACAGUGUGGAAAUAUCAAGAGAUGGAACCUCAGGCGGUGACACAGACUUCCUUAAUAACACAAUUAAAAGUGGAAAGACAGAAGAUACUUUAGAACGUGCCUCAUUUACCACGCUGAAUGGUCCUGUCAGGCCUAAUUCGGGAAGACAGAAAAAGCUCUCAAUUUGCUCUACUUACUCUGGCAGAGGACAACUUGAAGUCCCCCAUGGCAUCCCUGAAGACAACAUCUUAACAAUAUUCGACUUUUACAAUAUUCUAAAUGAUGGGUCAUUGAAUCCAUACAUACACGAAGAAGGUAAUGUUCUUGUUGUCGACUGCAGAGACAUUGAAGCUUACUCUAAAAUGCAUGUGAUAACAGCCAAACACCAAGAUGAAGUCAAAGAUGCUGCAUUCCAAGCAGGGCUUGGCUACUCAAUGUUCAACCUUGUGAUUAUUUAUGGAACAAACCUGAGGUAUGAUAGGAGCAAGGUCCUGCAGACUUUUUGGAAUGAAGUAUCCGAGAGCUUUGCAGGAGAAGUCCUUCUUCUUUUAGAGGGCUUUGCUUCAUUCGAAGAACAAUUUCCUUUCAUGUGCAGAGAGGAACCAAUAAGAAACGUUUGGGAAAGAAGACGAAUUAUCACUUACCCAUCAGUUGUAAUCAACAGCAAGUUAUACCAAGGAAAUGGUGAGCAGGCAAAAAAUAAACGCAUCCUUGAUGAUCUAAAAAUAAAACAUAUUGUUAACAUAACAAAGGAGCAUCAAAAUAAGUUUGAAGGUGAAGUCAGUUAUCUAAGAAUUGCCAUAGAGGAUGAGAAAGGAAGUGACUUAUCAAAGUAUUUUGAAAAUGCUUGUGAGUUUAUUGAAAAAGCAUUAAAGAAGAAAAGUGCUGUUUUUGUGCAUUGCAACCUAGGGGUGAGUCGCAGCUCAACCAUUGUCCUUGCAUACUUGAUGAAGUCACAAACUUUAUCUCUAGCAAAUGCGUACACAUUUUUGAAAUCAAGAAGAUCCUGCAUUAGACCAAAUAUUGGGUUUUUAACACAGCUUUCAGAAUGGGAAUUUUCAAUCCUUGGGAAAAAGGUCACAGAUGUAUAUAAUCUUUAAAAAGUAGAUUUUUAAAGAGGAAGAGAAAAAAGUAGCUGUUGGAGUGAUUUUUGAUAUACCUGUUAGUGUGAAUAAAACUAUAUUGUGUGAUUAUGUAUUUACUUGCAUAAUUAGAUGUUCAAUGUUCUAGUUCUCUAUGUUAAAAGAUAAGUUAUAAGUUAUAAGUUAAAAGAGGCCUUUGCUCAGCCCAACCCGAGCUUUCUUGUUUUUGUUCAUUAUGCAACUCCCAAAAGCUAAUGUUUUAUUCAAUAUGUUGCUAAUCUGUAACUGAUUUAGCUAAUGAUGUCUUUGACAAAAGCUGAAUUGUCUUCAAGACUUUAAAUAAAAUGCAUCAGUUUCAGGUUCAUGUGAUAACUCUUGUUAUAGGAUUAUAAAGUAAGACAUUAUGUGUACAACUGACAAAAAUGUAUCUUUUUUAAGAUCAGGGUUAAUUAAGAAGAUGUUAUCAUUGUAAAAGCUUAAAACUUGAUUUGUUUCCGAAACCUAAUUAAAGUAAAAUGAUUUUUUUAGAUUAUAAUUAGAGAUAAAAUUGUACUUUCAAAGCUUAUUUUUUAUAUAUUUUUUAAAAGUACUAAAGUGCUUUCAAUCAAGUAACGCCAAGAGAAAGGAAAUAUCUCAUUCAUCAUCUCAAAAGCUUCUUUAUAAUAAACCCUUUUCAUUGAUAAGUUGUUGGACCUUGACCAGAAGAUGAAUUCAUCAUGAAAAGAUUAAAAAAUUUUGUUGGUUGGGAUAAUUUUUUUUGUAACAUCUCUGUUUUCUGUACUGCUCUGAUAUUCUAUUCAGAUUAAAUCUUGUAUAUCAGAUUAAUUCUUGUAUACCAUUGUUUCAAAGAAAAAACAUGUAGAUUUAUAAAUGGCUUUGAAAAAGCAAGCAUUUUAGAACAUACUUAAGCUUUCCAUCUGACACUCUUCGGAGUGUAAAACAUCAGAACGUAGAUCAAAAAAUCUAUCCUUGGAAAUAUACAUACCCAGUUGUGGAGCAAAAUAGACCAGUCAGAACCGCGAUCACAUGACUGUUGAGGUUGCCCAAUCAGUGCUGCUUUCCUAUAGAAGAUGUUACCAAUGGAGUCCUAAGGUGAAAGCAAACUCCUUCUGUCUAAACAAUAUUGUUCUAAAAUGUUUGCCUUUUUCAAAAGCCAUUUUUAAAUUCUGUACCACAAAUAUAUAGAUUUAUGUGCAUUUGUGUCACACUUGGUACUAUGUAACUGAUAAAUGAUUUAUGGUAAUAAAAAAGUAACAUUUAGUUUGUAUACACAAAUUAACUUUUAUAUCAUCAAUAAACUUGCACUUCCCAAA